UUGAAACAUCUUUGCCAAUCAAGGAAGGAACACACCAUGUUAGGACUUUAUCUGUAUGUAGUCAUCUUGGGUCUACCCAACACUGGGAAACAAAUGCUGACAGUGGGUGGUUAUGUUCAUCAGAACUCUAGGCAUUCUGCACAUGAGAUUAUAAUUCCUGAAAGACUAAUAGACAGGCAGAAGCGCUGGACACAUCUUCCUGAGGAACAUUUAGAUAAUCAACUGUCUUAUUUGAUUCAAACUGGAAAUGGGACUCAUGUUCUGAAGUUAAAGAAAAAUAAAAAUCUUUUUGGUGAACAUUUCAUAAGAUAUACCUACAGCCAAGAUGGUAAAUUGGAGAUCACUCCCUUUGAUGCCAAGACUCACUGCUAUUACCAUGGCAUUGUCGAAGGAGCUGCAGAUUCUGUGCUUGCUCUCAGUACAUGUGAUGGACUUAGGGGAAUCCUCUUUAUUGGUGGCAAACAGUUUCGCAUGGAACCAGUCAAUGGAUCAGAUAAAUUUGAACACUACUUCUAUGAGUUAGACGAUUCUCACCAACAACCCUUUGUAUGUGGUGUGCCUGACAAUGACCUGCACCAUGAGCAAAACACAGAGUCUUUUCUCAAAUACUCAAAUAUAUCAAAUAGUCCCUUCAAUAAAGAUACACUUCUCAGGAAAAGACGAGCUGUGCUGCCAGACAAAAGAUAUGUUGAACUGUAUAUGGUUGUUGACAAACACAGGUAUCUGUUGAAAAACUCUGAUGUUGAAGCAGUGCAAAAGGAAGCAGUUGAGCUGGCUAAUUAUGUGGAUGGGAUGUUCAGUCUCUUAAACAUACAGAUAGUUCUAAUUGGGCUGGAAAUAUGGAAAAAUGAAAAUCCCAUUGAUGUGGAGAACGGUUCAGCUGGAGAUGUGCUCCACAGAUUUGUGGAGUGGAGACGACAACAUCUUAUGGGGAAAAGAAGAAAUGAUGUUAGCCACCUCAUUAUAGGAAGAGAAUCAUAUGGUUCAACAGCUGGAAUGGCUUUUGUUGGGGCAGUCUGUAGUCCAGAUCUAGGAGGCUCGAUAAGCACUUUUGAUCACAGAACUGUGAUAAGUCAAGCUACAAUUGUUGCACAUGAGCUGGGACAUAAUUUGGGAAUGAACCAUGAUGAUAAAAAUUGCCCAGGUCACUACAUUAUGCACAGUGUAGCUAACGGGUCCAAGAACUUCAGCAGCUGCAGUUCCAAUGAUUUUGAGCUUCUCAUCUUGAGAGGCAAAGGAACUUGUCUUAGAAAUGCUCCCAAACCCAGUGAUAUUUUCACAGAGCCUGUCUGUGGCAACAACAUUGUGGAUAAGAAUGAAGAAUGUGAUUGUGGCCCUCCAGAAAAGUGUUCCAGCCCUUGUUGCAAUGCCAUCACCUGCAAACUAAAACCUGGAGCAAAGUGUGCUGAAGGACUGUGCUGUGAAAAGUGUCAGUACAAAGUCGCAGGAACACAGUGCAGAUCAAAAAUUGAUCUCUGUGAUCUCCCCGAGUAUUGCAAUGGGACAUAUGCUGACUGCCCAGAAGAUGUGUAUGUCAUGGAUGGCUAUCCAUGUAACAAUAACAAGCACUACUGCUAUAAUGGAAUUUGUCAGAAUUAUGAUUCUCAGUGUGAAUCCCUCUUUGGAAAAGGAGCAAAAAAAGGAGCAAACAUCUGUUUUGAAAGAGCCAAUAGCAGAGGAGACACUUUUGGCAAUUGUGGAAUGUCGAGAGGAAAAUUUGUUAAAUGUACCCAAGCCAAUAGUCUGUGCGGCACAAUCCACUGUACCUCAGUCAAUCAAGACAAUCUUCCUUCCCAGUUAUACAUCCAGAAUUACAAUGGCAUUUCAUGUGUGACGGCUGAGUUUAGUGUAGGAUCAGAUUUUCCUGAUCCAGCUCUGGUUCACAGAGGCACAACUUGUGCUGAAGGGAAGGUCUGUGUCGAUUUCAGUUGCGUGAAUGCAACUCAGCUCGGUUACAGUUGUGAUGUAACAGGCAAAUGUAAUGACCGUGCAGUAUGUAACAACAAAGGCAAUUGCCAUUGUGAUCCAGGAUGGGCACCUCCUUUUUGUGACAAAUCUGGAUAUGGUGGCAGCAUAGAUAGUGGCCCAACUCAUAUAGAUACAUCACUUCGAGAUGGGUUGCUUGUGUUUUUUCUGCUUAUAUUGCCUCUGCUAAUUCUAGCUGUGGUUGCAGUUGUCAAAAGAGAUGCAAUUGAAAGACGGCUCUGCAGAGAAUGUAGGCGGCGCCGUAGGGUUAGAGAAGCUCUUCAAGCAAGACAGAAUAAUGCUGCAAACAGACCAAAGCAGCCUAAUGAAUUAAAUAAUAGACAGCCUGCAAGAUCAAAUUCUGGAAUGUUUACGAUAUCUCACUUUCCUACUCCACGGCCACCAAUACAAAGUCAGCUUGGGUCACAUACCAAAAGACCUCCUUUACGGCCACCACCUCCAAGACCCGUUGUGUCAAAUGAUAUAGACUGAUGCCUAGAGAAUACUAGGGUAACAAUGUGAAAUCAGUGAGAUUUUUGAAGUAUUAUUUUAUCAAUGUACAAGUAAAGACCUCAUUUUAAUUUCUAAAAGACUGCUAAAAUGUUAACUGAAGAAUAACUUGAAAUUUAUUUCAAAAUCAGUAGAGCUGUAAGAUAAGACUGCCUUAGAUAUUAGACUACAGGAUGCUGUGUAUAUUAACUGGAUUUCCAUCACAACCUAUAUGAAUCAGGCUUUUUCCCAAUUAACACAGAGUCAAAGUAGAAGUGGUACUAAGCAUACCAUUAGAAACCCCGUCAAGUUUUUAAAAUUUA